GAUACCCCUUGAACUUCCAAAGAGCUUCCUAUGAAUAGCAACAACUAAUAUAAAUAACAAUAUAACAGCAAAAUAUUUAGCCCAGGCUACUCUCGGAUACAAUAUGUAUUGUUAGUCUAUUGCCGUUUUUACUUCAUGAAUCCCUUGCGCACCGUUUUUGUGUGUUUCGUGUAAGAUGAGCUCGUACGUAGCAAACAACAUUUUUAAGGAGCAAACGCACGAGGCAUCCUCCUUUAACACCAUGAAUAGUUUUGGCAGUUAUGGCUCUCUCUCUUCCCUCCAUCAAGCCAAUUAUGCCUAUAACGGAGGUCUUCAUUUCAACGGAACAUUCACCUCCUCUGAUUCCACUGCGAACUCUCUGAAACGAGAAGAGAUGGAAACUAGCCUGCGAGGCAAUACGGACACUCAACCUCCACCACGACUACAGUCUUGCUCAGCUGCGAGCUCCCGGAACUCCGUGCAAAACUGCCUUCGUGAUGGGAUACUGAGCAAAGGGACUGGAAGGCCAAUGGAAGUGGUCGAAAACCCUAUGACUGAAGAAAACGCAAUCAAAGUCGAAACUAUGCAACCCGUGAAAUGUCAAAACCAUUCGAAGAAGCACCAAGACAGUCAACAGCAACCGCAGAUUUUUCCCUGGAUGACAAAACUACACUUGAGCCACGAAUCAUCUGACGGUAAACGCUCUCGAACCAGUUACACCCGCUACCAGACUCUGGAGUUGGAGAAAGACUUCCAUUUCAACCACUACCUCACCCGUCGCAGGCGCAUUGACCUCGCCAAUUCCCUCUGUCUGAACGAGAGGCAAAUCAAAAUUUGGUUCCAGAAUCGACGUAUGAAGUGGAAGAAGGAUUCGAAACUGAAAUCAAAGGACUCAAUAUAAACAUGGAGUUGAUGACUGAUCUGGAGACGAACUGCUAAAAGAAGUAUGCAGAGGGAGACCAUUAUUCGAAACGAGAAGGCCGUUUUCAUAAAUCAGCACUUGUGUUACGGACUAUUACAUUAUUAGCAUAUUACGUGUUUGUAACUUUACAUGUGGACUUUUAUUCUUUGCUUGAUGGAUGUAAAAAAUGGAAGGAAAAUAUUGAACAAAAAUAUAGUAAUGUGUUGUCUAAAUGUAAAGAUUGUGUAAAGACCUUUGGAAGUCUUAGGGAGGAGCUGUGGACUAUAAGGCCACUCCCUCUUUCAUGUUUCAAUGCGAAUACACGAACAUUCUGCCUAUUCUUUUAUCCUUGAGAUAAUAAUUAAGAACAUGUCAGUGAGUGAUCCUGAGUGGUAAUACAAUCAAAGCGAGGAGACCUAACUGUUCGUGUCUCUUAUAAUGACGAACAUUUUUUAUUUUAUUAAAUGUCUUAAAAUUCAUAUUUGGGCGCUGAGUGACUUUGUUGUAUUCGGGUUUACAGCAAACAGACGGUUAACUUUUUGAACUAUGGAUUAUGUCCAACCAAAUAUGUAAGACUUUCGUGAUGGUAUUUGAGGACAGCACCCAUACCUAUAGGCCUACCAUUCCAUGUCUUAAUAUAUAUAUAUAUACAUAUAUAUAUAUGUUCGCAGUUGUCUGAACCAAUCGAAACAGUGUACAUAUUGAAUAAUCUGCCACCCCCAUAGAUGCACAAUAAUUGCAUAUGUACAGAAGGCCUAUUGUACAAUUGUCUGAAUAAGCUUGUGAUUCAAUCAAAACGCUUACAGGUGUUGAGAAAACGUUUGAAUAAACCUCCCAUACCGUAUUACCAGCA